AUGCUCCAUCAGUUUAAUCCAUUUGUAAUUAGGUUCAGACAACUGUCACAACUUCCAAAUAUUGGUGAAUGUAGCUUCAUACUUAAAGAGCGUCCAAGUAAUCACCAUCAAUAUAAUCUUCCAACUGCAGAACAAGUUGCGACAAUUAUUGUUGGAGGAGAUUCAGAUUCUAUGGAAUAUGGAAGGGAUAUUAAUGUCAUUCGUCAUGAUGGAAAUCUAAAGAAAGUUCAAGAGACAAAGGGAUAUUAUGAUCCCUUGCAGUAUCCUAUAUUGUUUCCAUUUGGGACACAUGGUUGGGACGUUAACACAAUAAAUUGUAAUGGACGAAGAUUGUCAUGUCGAGCAUAUUACAGUUACAUGCUUCAGAUUCUCCAAAAUGAUCAAUCAAUAUUGUUAAAUGCGGGUCGACUAUUGCAACAAUAUAUUGUAGAAAAUUAUGUCAAAAUUGAAUCAGGGAGGUUAAGGUUGAUUAGAGAGCACCAACGUGAUAUACAUGUUGAAGUGUACCAAGGUUUACAGGAUGCUUUGCAUAUUGGUGAAACUAAUGCUGAUACUAAAUAA